GCUCCCAUCACACCUCCUCACAGGCUAGUUGGGCUCUAACCGCCUCAACAGUCAAUCAGGAUGCGCAGCCGUCAUUCUUCGGCGCUUACAGCAAGCCGCAUGGCCGUUGUGUCUCGUGGAUGGACGAGUCUCGCUGGGGCUUGGAAUUGGCUCCUCGUACUAGUAAUUCCCAUGGAUGCGACUUUUAAAUUCAUCAGUGCUGCCCUUCAUGCGCAUCUUGAAUAUUCCCAACCAACCCAACACAUCAAUCAACUGGUUAUAAGCGACAGAAGUGAACUUGAGUGAACGUGAAGAUCGACCCUUUAAUCCUCAAGAUGGCGACGGCAUUCCCCCCUCCUCCAAACCAGAACUCUCAAUUCCCUCCUCCUCCAAAUUCAGCCAGUUUCGCGCCACCCCAAGGCUCCCCCGGGUUCCCGCCGCCGAAUUUCAACUAUCCCCCUCCACCGAAGCAAACGUAUCCUUCGGCCAGCCCUCCGCCGGCAGAAGGCUACCAAACACCUAAUCAAUACAAUGCUGCCGCCUUUGCUGCCAAUUCUGGGCCUAUGACUGUUUCCCCGCCUCCUCAAUCACCCCCUCCCGCUGUGAAAGCAGAGCGAACAUCAAGCGGCCCGCCCGCAUUUGGCCAAAUACUCGCAUCCAACCAGGAUGAUGUCGGGACAUUCAACGGUGGAAGCUUCAGAGUCAGUCAUCGUGACUCCAACUCACUUCUCACAAUGCAGCUAGCCAUGGGAUGCCCCAUAGAAGCGAAGCCAGGCGCAAUGAUCGCGAUGUCGCACAGCAUCAGUCUCAAGGGAAGCAUCAAAUUCUCCCUGAAGAAGAUGUUUGCCGGAGGCGAAAUGUCUACGUCGACCUUUACUGGCCCUGGAGAGCUCUUGCUUGCCCCCUCUACUCUGGGCGAUAUCAUGUCACUGCGUCUUUCUGGCUCGGAUUCGUGGAAGGUGGGCAAGGAUGGAUUUCUGGCGGCAACAAGUGGUGUUUCAAAGGAAUACCAGAGCCAAUCUCUGAGCAAGGGAAUGUUUUCUGGAGAAGGACUGUUCGUCUAUAAAAUGUCUGGGAAUGGUAUCGUAUGGCUGCAGAGUUUUGGGGCUAUCAUCAAGAAAGAUAUUGCUGAUGGCGAGACAUAUUUCGUCGACAACGGCCACCUUGUCGCCUGGAACUGCAAGUACAAGAUCGAGCGCGUGGCUUCAGGAGGUAUCAUCUCCGGAAUCAGCUCCGGAGAAGGCCUUGCCUGUCGCUUUACCGGUCCUGGCACAGUAUACAUACAGACGCGAAACGUCAGCGCCUUUGCAGCCCACAUUGGUGCGCAUACGGCUAGUAACUAGGCAGCUGGAAGAGAAGGACAACAGUAGUAAACUGUCAAAUGGGGAAUGGAUAGC